AUGUUUCCUCUAUUGCACGGCUUCGGUCUUGGUGCAUUCGUCAGCUUCUUUCUCAUAUCUUGUACCAAUGCAGCCAGGCCAGUCCACCACGAUUGGAAUUUCAUUCCAGACAUUGUUCUUCGAGUCAGUGUGGCCACGAUUCAAUUGAAUUGCCAGCCUCGCCUCUCGACCCUGGUCAAUGGCACAUACCCUGGUCCACCAGUCUACCUUGAGCCUGAACAGACGACGUGGAUUCGAGUCUACAACGACGCUCCCGUCAAUACCACCAUGCAUUGGCAUGGCCUCUCUUUAUCGACGGCCCCUUUCGCAGACGGCUCACCCCAGGCUUCUCAAUGGCCCAUCCCACCCGGUCAUUUUUUCGAUUAUGAACUCCACCCCAAUGCCUAUGACGCUGGUACUUCGAUGUACCACUGCCAUGUGGGCUUCCAGGCGAUCACGGGUUCCGGUCCACUCAUUGUCAAAGACGCCAGUCCCCUACCAUAUCCAUACGACGACGAAGUCAUCAUGAAAAUCGGCGACUUCUACCCCGAAGACGACCAUACCAUCGAAUCAAUGCUGACGUGGGCUCCGAUUGUCUGGCCCGGCGACCCGACCGCCUUGUUGGUCAAUGGCCAAAGUGGCACGGCACCCAGCCCACAAAACCCAACCCCGUCAGAUUCUUCGUGUCAGCCAUGGAUCAUGGACGUCGAGCCGGACAAGACAUAUCGAGUACGCUUGAUUGGCGGCACGGCGAUAUCUUUGGUCCUGAUGGGAUUCGAAGACCACUCCAACCUCACCAUCAUCGAAACCGACAAUGCAUAUGUCUAUCCUGUCGAAACUUCGUACAUGCAAAUCGAUUCCGGACAGCGGUUCAGUUUCCUGCUGAAGACAAAAGGCCGUGACGAACUGCGCGGACGCUCAACGUUCUGGAUCCAACUGGAGACUCGACAGGAAAACAGGGUGAUUUCGGCAUGGGCACUUCUCAACUACGUCAACCACCAAAAGCAACCACCACCACCACCACAAUCGCCGCCACGCUCGUCCAAAGGAAGAAUUCAAUAUCAUCCAGCUAAUCCGUCAGAGCCGACAAAUACUACCAUUCCGUCGUCACCCAUCUUGACUCUUCCGUCAGAUGUAACGACCUGGCUGGAAUACACAUUCCAGAACCCUCCGUUCGCGGGCUACGACCCACCGCCGCCAUCCUCGGAAGUGACCCGCCGGGUGGUCAUAUCGACUCUCCAGAUUCUGAACACCACGUCAAAUCGCACUUUGAUGGUCUCAAAUAAUGCAUCGUGGUUCGACGCUGCUCCGCAGGGUCCGACCACACAGAUCCCUUACCUUGUGGAGAUGCUGCAGUCUGGAACCAUCAACGGCGCGGCUCCAGAUUUCGACAGGGGAGCCAGCAACCCUGACAGUCCUGGUCUCGACCCUCUGUCGCAAUCCUAUUCAGCGCGCAUUGGCGAAGUUGUCGAGAUCGUCUGGCAGAACGCCGCGUCUUCUCCGGCCCGCGUCUUUGGGGCUCACCCCAUGCAUGCUCACGGCGGCUCGUACUGGGACAUGGGAUCUGGGCCGGGAGUGUAUGACCCAGAAACGCACGCCACAUUAUUGCAGGAGCAUUCCGUUGUCACCGCCGGCUCCCAAGAUCCCGGGGGUGAAGGUGGCCGUGCAGGAAUAACAACACCGUAUCCCGGAUCACGGCGUGACACCACCCUCCUAUACAAGUAUGCCUCCCAAGGACAAUACCCUGGAGAACCCAACGGCUGGCGCGUCUGGCGGGUGAGAGUGACCCAGCGCAAUGUCGGUGUCUGGAUGAUACAUUGUCAUAUCCUGCAACAUAUGAUAAUGGGACAGCAGACGGUCUGGGUGUUUGGGACGCCAGAAGAGAUCAAGAACCAUACCAUGCCUGUUCAGGGCAAUCUAGACGGGUAUUUCACCUAUGGGGGUAACGUGGUGGGUAAGAUUGUCGGUGGUAGGGGAGGUAGAGGUAAAGAAGGGCGGAUAGAGGUUGUGCAGUUCUUUGAGUGA